CUAUCAAACUCUACAGUCCUGCCACAGUCCACAGCUGUGUAACAGUCCUCUCUCAGCUUCUCUCUUGACCAGCAAAUAGUCAGCCAUCAUGCAUUACAGCCAGAGUAUCGCCAGUGGUCCUGGACUCAUCACCAGACAGAGCCGCAGCUACACAUCCAGCGCUGCUCCCCACAAGGCUCACAGCGUGUCAGGUCUCAGCUUCAGGUCUGGUCCCCGCAUCUCCUCCUCCUCCGCUCGCGUUGUUUCCUCUGGGUUUGGAGGCGGCAUGGGGAUGGGUGGUGGCAUGGGGAUGAGUGGUGGCAUGGGGAUGAGUGGUGGUAUGGGGAUGGGCGGUGGAUUCGACCUGUCCUACGCUCUGGACCAGAGCACCGUGCACCUGAAUGAGAAGGCCACCAUGCAGAACCUCAAUGACCGUCUGGCUUCCUACCUGGAGAAGGUCCGCUCUCUGGAGGCUGCCAAUGCUAAGUUGGAGCUGCAGAUCAGAGAAUACUACGAGCAGAAGGGCCCAACAGCAGAGAGAGACUACAGCAACUACUGGGCCAUCAUCAAUGACCUGAAAGACAAGAUUGGUGCCGCCACCAUUGCAAACGCCAACAUCUUGCUUCAGAUUGACAACUCCAAACUGGCUGCUGAUGACUUCAGAACCAAGUUCGAGCAUGAGCUGAUGAUGCGCCAGUCAGUUGAGGCCGACAUCGCCAACCUCCGCCGUCUGCUCGACCAGACCACCCUGACAAAGGCUGAUCUGGAGAUGCAGAUUGAAGGGCUGCAGGAUGAGCUGGCUUACCUGAAGAAGAACCAUGCAGAGGAGCUGGCAGCUAUGCGCUCUCAGCUUAGUGGCACAGUCAACGUGGAGGUGGAUGCUGCACCUCAGCAAGACCUGAACAAAGUCCUGGAAGAGAUCCGUGCCCAGUAUGAAGCCAUCACAGACAAACAUCGCAGGGACCAGGAAACCUGGUUCAAUGAGAAGUCGACAGUUCUAUCCAAAGAAGUGGCCAUCAGCACAGAAACAAUCCAGACGUCCAAGACAGAGAUGGGUGACCUACGACGCACACUCCAAGGCCUGGAAAUCGAGCUGCAAUCUCAGCUUAGUAUGAAAGGGGCUCUUGAAAACACGUUAGCAGAGACGGAGGCUCGUUACAGCGCCAUGCUCGCUGGCUUCCAGAACACAAUCAACAUGCUUGAAUCAGACCUAGCUAACGUGCGUGCCAGCAUUGAGCAACAGGGCCAGGACUACAAGAUGCUGCUGGACAUCAAGACCAGGCUGGAGCAGGAAAUCGCAACCUACAGAAGGCUGCUGGAGACAGAAGAGUCCAGACCAAUUGGCACAGGAGGCACAAAAACAACAGUUAAAACUACCACUGUGCACACUUCCAGCUAGAAGGGUCCAACUGGCAGGACAAGCUGUUCUCAGACACGCAACCAUACACACACACACCAACUUAUGAAAACUGUUACACAAGAUGAGUGAAACUGUACUGAAAAUGUAUACAAUGAAAUGUAAACAACUUGUAACCUGAAAAAGAAAAUGUGAUAUUCACUCCUGUGUGUGUGUGUGUGUGAGAGAGAGAGAUAGAGACCUGUCUGGAAAUAAAUCUGCUGGUGAAGAUAAA